AUGCCUAACCUCCUCAUUGUCAAUGACAGUGCUUCUUUCGCGUCAAGUGACACCUUCUCUACUCGACAUUCGAUAGAUCAACCAUGCCACUCACUCCGUCGACGAAACACGGUUUCCCAGUUUUCGAGGAGGAUUUCUAAGAGAAUUUCUCGAGCAAUCGUCAGGGCCAGAUCUCAAGAACAUGCGCUGAGUGCAAGGAAUCUCAGAGAUCUCAACAUUGCAACAGAUGUUGAUCUAUACAAUCUAUGCUCGCCAGCUCAUCACGCUCACGAGAUGACACCAUAUGACCCUAUUCACGAGAGAAUUGAAGAGGAGUGCCCUUUUUUCGACGUGGAAGCAGCGAGAGAGAUGUAUCUUCGUCAGUCGUACGCUACCUUCUGUCAAACCUUUACGCUAUCAGGAACGACAAGCAUAAGGAGGAAGUUCGACUUAUCGAUGGGAACAGAGGGGGCAGGUGAAAAUCCACCAUCCCCUCACACGGCCCAGAAUCUCAAAACCAACGAUACAUCUGAAUUUUCGGGUUCUCAUGCCUCUCCCGAGCACAUCGCGGUCCAUUCAAGGCCCCAACCAACCACCGUAGCGUUCCCAAUCUCAUGUCCCUCUACGAAGAUUGACAAUGCACCCAUAUCACGCUCAGCAACUGUCGGUAAGCCCUCUGCAGAAUAUCCAGUCACAGAGACAUCAAAGGUCGAGGACGACUUCGAUCGAAUCAGUUCCAGUUUUGAGACAACGCUCCACUCCAACUACCCCCCACCCCCUCCUCGCAUCAUCACCCCAACCGUUUGGAUGGACAUGCAGCGUAGUGAGCGAGAACUCAAAGCAGCUCGGCGGAAGAAAUUCCUCAAUCCGUGUCGGUCAUGGCUUAUGACAAUCCAGCCCUUGUGGGGGCGGAUACAUGACGUUGUCAAAUGA